AGCAAGUGCGUACUGCUUUCCUCGUGCGGCAAGAUGGCGUUAAGAGAGCUCUCCUCGUUGGAGAAAUUUCUGGGAUUGAAAAAGCUAAAUAAAUACAGUACGCAAGGAGAAAGAAAGGUCCCUGUUCUCCAGAACAACAAUGGUCCAUCUUUGGUUGGUUUGGCCACGAUCAGUUCCCACCUGGUACAUGAGGCUAAAAAAAGAGAACUGCUGGGAGAUUCAGCUGAGCAGAGAGCUGUUGUCCAGCAGUGGCUGGAGUAUCGAUUGACCCGACUUGAUAACUGCUCUAAAGAUGAGGUCAAGAUUAUACUCAAGGAGCUCAAUCAGUACCUGGUGGACAAGGUGUAUCUGGCUGGAAACAGCAUCACUCUGGCAGAUACACUGGUGUAUAAUGGAAUCCAUCCCAUUGUUAUGGAGCUUGCAGUACAGCAGAAAGAAGAGUACUUGAACGUGACCCGAUGGUUUGAUCACAUUCAGCACUAUCCAGGGGUGCGUCAUCACUUGCCCCCUGUGGUAGUUCUGAGGAACAGAGUUUACCCAAGCGGUCAGCACUGACCACCUUGUUCAACCAACCUUGUCCUUGCUAUUCAGUUUUCUCCUGCUCAUCAUUUUCUCUCUGAGCUGCAUUGAUUGUAGUUGUGUGGGCAGUGUACAGUGCUUAGCCUGGCAUACCGAUUUAGUGCUCUGGGGCAGAGAGCAGGCUACCAGCUGCAGCAGGCAAACCAGUGCCAAUGCUGCUUCCUCUCCUCAGAAUCUCCACAGCCAGUUGCUGAGAGCAACUGCAUGUUGUUUUCUCAUUUCACCCACAGUCUCCUACCCUGAGCUGGUACCCUGAGCUGGAAAAUCCUACCAUGCCUCAAAUGAGUACCAGCUGAAACACUAACAGUAUCAGAGAUUUGAGAAUUUCAGAAUUAUAUUUGGUGACUCUGUGUGUGUGUGUGUGUGUGUGUGUGUGUGUGUGUGUGUGUGUGUGUGUGUGUGAGAGAGAGAGAGAGAUAAGGUACUUUUUGAAGGAACUUUCUCUGUAAAUGGAAAAAAUGGCUUAGAGAUAAGACUGCUUGUUUUGAGCUGCAGUUCUGAAAAAUGUUUCUUCCUUUUGUGUCAAUUUCUGCUCUGUGUGGAAUCUGCAGUCUUUGUGGUGGAAAAUCAUUUGAUAAGGUUUGGGAAAAGUAACCCCAUUAUUUGUUCAUAUCUCUGCUGUGCAUAUACUGAGACGUGUUAUUUUAUUGUAUUUCCAAAACCAUCAUGAAAUGGCUACUGCUCCUAAGCCAAAUUUUGCUGUUUUAUGUAAACACAAAUUAAUCUUGUGCCAAUAAAGAAAAGGAAAAGGGAAAUCAAA